GGAUGAUAAGCGGAUCGGCGGGGACACACACAAUUGGGGCUUUUUCACCUUAGGAACAUCAAAAAACUAACCUGUAGAAAAAAAAAUAAUAAUUACCUAGUCUUGAAUCAAGAAAACAUUCAUCUUUUUACCCCCUCCGGUCUUUCGAUACUACUCGCACCGAUAGUUAAUUGUUGAAUCCUGGUGUGGUAUUUAUUUCCCAGCGCCAUCCAGGCCCAUAGGAAUAAGUAUCACGAUUCCUAGGAUAUUGCGACACAAGGUCUAAUUACGACUUUCGCAUCUUCGUUACCCUCACUUUUUCCCAAGGCGGGGCAAUUUUUCUCACACAGAAAGCCCCACAAGCGAACCAACACCCUUUCACCUUUUUUUGCGAAUACCUACGUAACGCGCUGACCCAACAUGGCGCCGUCAUUUGAUCAUCUGCGCGACGCAGACGUCGAUGAAGACGAUUACGAUGAGGAUGAGAUUGAUAUCUCUGAUCUACGCGAGAAGUACGAAGUUCAACUUGAGCAAGGCUACGAUACAUUCGUCGUUAUCGAUGGCCUGCCCGAAGUCAACGAGGAACAAAAACCCAAGCUUGUAAAAUUCUUAUUAAAGAAGCUGAACCAGGUUGGAAAGGCCAGAGAAGAUCAAGUUUACAUGCCUAUGGAAAAUGGCAAGUCUCUCAGAUUUGCCUUCGUUGAAUAUUCUUCCGCUGCCGAAGCUGCCGCCGCCGUGAGACAGCUCGAUAUGGUCCCCCUCGACAAGAGACAUACCUUGAGAGUCAACAAGAUGACAGAUGUCGAUCGCUACGGCCGAGAAGGACGAGUAGAUGAGAACUAUGUUCCUCCUAAGAUUGAAGAGUUUGCAGAGAAGGAACACCUGCGCUCGUUCUUGGCCGACCCGAGCGGCCGUGGUCGUGAUCAGUUUGCUAUGUAUCGAGGCGACGUCGUUGGCGUCUUCUGGAACAAUGAGAAGGAUACCCCUGAGAAUAUUGUCGACAGACAACACUGGACAGAGAGUUUCAUCGCAUGGUCACCCUUAGGAACAUACCUAGUAUCUGUUCAUCAGCAGGGUGUGCAGCUCUGGGGUGGUGCUUCGUGGUCUCGUCAGAAACGAUUUGCGCAUCCCUUCGUCAACAUGCUCGAAUUCUCUCCUAAUGAGAAGUAUGUGGUCACAUGGUCGAAUCGACCUAUUUCCAUACCUGACGAGGGACAUCCUCAAUUGUCUCUAGAUGAGGAUGGCAAGAAUUAUGUCAUCUGGGAAGUCGACACAGCCAAACCUCUCCGAUCCUUCGCGAACAUCGACAUACCUGCCACCAACGACUCUCAUGCGGCGCCGGCAAAGCAGCAGCCCAAGUUCCCCUGGCCAGCGUUCAAGUGGUCUUCCGACGAUAAAUAUGUGGCGCGAAUGACUCAAGGCUCGUCUAUUUCGGUAUAUGAGCUGCCCCGCAUGGGUCUGCUGGACAGGACGACAAUCAAGAUCGAAGGUGUCAUGGAUUUCGAGUGGGCGCCCUCGACUCCCCAGAGGGAGGGGGUGAAGCAAUACGAGCAGCUUUUUUGCUUUUGGACGCCGGAAAUUGGCAGCAACCCUGCAAAGGUUGGGUUGAUGAGCAUACCUUCCAAGCAGAUCGUUCGGUCCUUGAACCUAUUCAGUGUUACUGAUGCGAAGCUUCAUUGGCAGUCAGAUGCCACCUAUCUCUCCGUAAAGGUUGACCGGCAUUCCAAAUCCAAGAAAUCACAGGCCACCACCCUUGAGAUUUUCCGUAUCAAAGAAAAGGGUGUGCCUGUUGAAGUCGUCGACACAAUCAAGGACACAGUUAUCAACUUCGCCUGGGAGCCGAAGGGAGAUCGAUUCGUUAUCAUCACGACGACUGAGCCUACAGGACCUACCGCUGUUGCUCCGAAGACCUCUGUGUCCUUCUUCUGCCCCGAGAAGGCUAAGGGAUCAGCCGUAGGUAACUUCAAGCAUCUGCGAACUCUAGACAAGAAGAAUAGCAAUGCCAUUUAUUGGUCGCCGCGUGGUCGCUUUGUUGUUAUCGGUACGGUUGCCAACCAGCAGAGCUCUGACAUCGAAUUCUUCGAUUUAGAUUUUGAGGGCGAGAAGCCGGAGAGUGACAAAGACCUAACCGCCAACCUACAACUCAUGAACACAGCAGACCAUUACGGUGUCACGGAUAUUGCGUGGGACCCGUCAGGACGGUUUGUCUCUUCUUGGGCAUCUGUCUGGAAGCAUACGAUGGAGAACGGAUACCACGUCUACGAUUUUAAGGGUGAAUUACUACGAGAGGAACCCGUUGACAAAUUCCGACAAUGGCUGUGGCGCCCAAGACCGCCUACUCUUCUUACCAAGGAUGAGCAGAAGCAAAUCCGCAAGAACCUCCGCGAGUACUCUAAGAUCUUCGAGCAGGAAGAUGCCGAGCGGGGAGCUUCCGCAGACUUGGCGGUGGUCGAGGCCCGUAGGCGUCUGCUUGACGAAUGGCUGGCAUGGCGCGAGUCGGUCGACGCUGAGAUCGAGGAUGAAAGGCUCGCGCGAGGCUUGCCUAAGCACCCGGUUGAGGCCGAUGCCAACUCUCCCGAAAACGGGGAAGAGCAAGUUAUCGAGGAGAUUGUGGAAGAGGUGCUCGAGGAGAGCGAGGAGAUCGUUCCUUAAAGAUCCGGUUCACCGCGGGGGUGACCAACGGCUGGCAAUGAGCGGCGUUCCGUGUAAAGGCAUAUAAUGAGAUUUGCUGCAAGCAUUAAAAAUAGCAUCACUGAUGACUGAUCGGUCUGAAAAGUUGGCCGCGUUCCAUUCCCUUGAGUAGGUAAUUGUAUCGUGCUUGCUUAAGCCCUUGCCCAUGCGUUUUCCCCCACUAUACCUACCUAGGUACCUAGGUAUGUAAGGUACCUAUGCAGCCUUGCGAACAUUCAAUGUUGGGCGGUUAAAGGCUUAUAAUAUGGAGCACAUGGAUUGAAACUGGAGGACAAGGUUCACUUGAGUUAAUUGGUAGUUGGUUCGGUGCUUAUUUUGGAGUUUAUUCACUCCUAGAGGAAUAUUAGAGUAACUGUCCUAAGCAGGUCGCGGCUUGCCUACGUUGGAAUUUGUUUCAUUGUUUACCUAUACAUAGAACCACAAAAAUUCUAGAACUGUUGUUAGGUG